AUGGAAAAUACAUCGUCUUCAGAACAGCACGAGAUGCUGGCAAAAAAGGACAUGAGCGGUACCAAUGAUGAGACAGAUCCCACACCUCUCGACCCAAGCCGACCAACCAACAAUAACGGCCAGCCUAUUGUACACCCGGAGAAAAAGCAAGAUGAAAUAGGCGAAGUUUCCAAGCCUACCGGUCUCGCAUUAUUCAUUCUAGUCUCUGCGGUGUUCUUCGCAGCCUUCCUUAUGGCUCUCAACGGAUCAAUUAUCGCAACGGCCAUUCCACAAAUUACCUCCCAUUUCAAUUCUCUUAAUGAUAUCGGCUGGUAUGGAAGUGCCUAUCUAAUUUCCACCUGUUCUCUGCAACCCCUGGUUGGAAAGUUCUAUACUCAUUUCCCGAUCAAGCAAACAUACCUAAUCUUCGUUUCUCUCUUUUCUCUCGGAUCUCUGAUCGCUGGAGUCGCCACUUCCUCGAACAUGGUCAUUGUCGGAAGAGCGAUUCAAGGUAUCGGGGGUGCUGGAGUCAUCAAUGGCACAUUCAUAACAAUUUCUGUAGUUGCUCCUAAAGAAAAUAAACCAUUGCUUAUCGGCAUCGGCAUGGCCUGUGCGACAAUUGGAUCUGUCAUCGGGCCUUUGAUAGGAGGCGCACUCACGCAGAAAGUCUCGUGGCGCUGGUGCUUCUAUAUCAAUUUGCCUCCCAGUGGCUUCGUGCUUUGCGUUCUCCUCUCUCUCGCCAUCCCUGAACAAAUGGAGAAGAAACCGGUCCGGCUUAACUUCAAAUCCAUAAUCCUCGAGGAACUCGACUUCACGGGUUUUGCCUUCUUUGCCCCGGCCUGUGUCAUGCUACUACUGGCGGUGACUUGGGGUGGCCAACAGUAUCGCUGGGGGUCAUCGACGAUUAUAGGGCUUUUCUGCGGCUCUUUUGCCAUGUUCAUCGUGUUUUCCGUCUGGGAAGUCUAUCGAGGAGAAAAGGCCAUGAUCCCUCCAACCAUUGCGCGAAAUCGACUUGUCAUAUUUGGCUGUUUCACCUCUUGCUUUCAAAUGGGGUCUUCGUUACUUUUAUCCUAUUAUCUCCCCCUUUGGUUCCAGGUCGUCAAGAACGCAAGCCCGACCAUGAGUGGUGUGAUGAUCCUUCCAACGGCGAUCUCCCAGGGUUUCGGCGCUGUAAUUGCCGGCAAAUUCGUUCAAGUGAUUGGAUACUGUACAUCUUGGGCGCUGAUCGGAUGCAUGUUGACCUCCGUGGGUGCUGGCUUAAUGACGACCUUUGUCCCUUCCACUGGUGCUGGCCCAUGGAUUGGAUAUCAGAUUCUCGUCGGCACAGGCCGGGGUUCUGUCCUUCAAAUGCCAAUUACCGCGAUCCAAAAUCUUCUCCCAGCGAAAGAAAUCUCCAUUGCCACGUCUCAGGUAUUCUUCUUUCAAUACCUGGGAGGAGCCGUCUUUAUCGCCAUCGGAGAUACCAUCUUCAGCACCGUCCUUCGUGCCUCAUUACACAAAUAUGCGCCCGGUGCGGAUCCCCAGGAUGUAAUCGAUGUUGGCGCUUCGUCUGUGAGAUCAAAUGUGUCAGCCGUGGAUCUCCCCGGCGUGUUGCGCGCAUAUGACUAUGCAAUCGUUGAUACAUUUUAUCUCGCCGUUGGUGGAUCUUGCGCUGCUUUUCUGACCAGUUUCGGUAUGGGUUGGCAAAAGCUUCCACAGCAGAAGAAGGACCAAAAGAAGACAGAUGGUGGAGACCCCUAG